AUGAGCAAAGUUGCAGUUGAUCUUAAUCAUCGUCAUGGUAUACCAUUGAAAGCGUUGGAAAUAAAACAUUUUUGCACUGAUCUUGAAACAAUCUUUAAUGAAAGAUAUACCAAUAGUAUUAUACGUGUGACUAAUAAAAGUGGCAUUUUUCAUAUUGGUUCAACCCUUGACUAUGACGAAAAAGUACAAAGAUAUCAAGUGAAAACUAAUGCUUAUAUUCAGUUAUCAUCGGAUCCAUUAAUGGAUACAUUCUAUAAAGUAGUUAGUUUGCUAAAUAAUCUUCGUACCAAACAACAAAUUACACAAUGGCAACAUACAAAAAUGAUGCCCGAUAAAAAUAAAAUUCAAUUGGCUUAUUUAUAUUUCAUACCGAAACCACAUAAAACAGGUACUCCGUUGCGACCCAUUGUUUCUGGUAUGAAUACACCAACAACAAAAAUAUCAAAAAUGCUUGAUAGAUUAAUUCGGCCGUUAUUUGAUCAAUACGUUAAGCAGACAACAAUCAUAGACGGUGUUCAUCUUAUUCGUCAACUAGAUAAAUAUGUUAGUCUCGGUCUUUUAAAGCCUAGUACUCAUUUAUGUACAUUUGAUAUAACUGACCUUUACACUAUGCUACCACAAGAAGAAUCAAUAGCUAUUUUGAAACAAUUUCUUAUUCGAUUCAAUCACACGCAUGUGAGAGGAAUGUCGAUUAAUGCUAUAGAAAGUUUAGCUCGUAUAGUUUUGACUGAAAACGUUUUCAUCUAUGGAAAUAAAUAUUAUCGUCAAAUUAAAGGGGGUGCAAUGGGAUCGCCGUUUACUCUAACUUUGGCUAAUAUAUUUAUGUGGCAUUGGGAACAGAAAUUAGUCGAAAAGCAGAAAGCUUCUAAUGAAUUAUAUGGCCGAUAUAUCGAUGAUAUAUUUUUAACUUCCAACGAUUCUAUCGAAAGUCUACAUGAUAUGUUAGAAAACGCUAACAACUAUCAUUUGAAUAUUAAACUAACUCGUGAAGUAGGCAGUUGUGUUUCUUUUCUUGACGUCCAGAUCAAUAAUCAAGAUGGAAACAUUACCACGUCAGUCUAUCAUAAAGAAGCAAGCGAGCCUUAUAUUGUGCCAUUUAAAUCUGACCAUCCUCGUCAUAUAUUCGAGAAUAUUAUAACAACUUCUCUUCUUCGAGCAAUUCGUUACUCCUCAACAUUACAAGCAUUUAAUCAUGAAAUACGAGCGCUAAAACUAAUGCUAAUUUAUAAUAGCUAUCCAUCACGAUAUAUAUACCAUUAUUUGAAAAAAUUCUUUCAACAGUUAUCUGCUACAUCGAUUUCUAUUCUACCAAUGAUUCACGAUGAAAAUGAGUACGUCCUACUACGAAGUAAACUGUUAUCGAAACCGACACCGAGUGAACAUGCACGAGCAUCAAGAAUAGCAACAACACUUGACAACAAACAUCAAAACAUAUCCGUUGAUCCUUUAGUACAUGCAAAAGUACACAAAAGUGAUAAUAUUACCACCUUCACCUGUCCGAUCAUUGUUCAUUACACACAUGAAAGCCGCUAUGCUCAUUAUAAAUCUACCAUACAUAACGCUUGGUUCGAAUCAUUUUAUCGAACACCCGUAAUGAUGACAAAGUUGAUCGUUGGAUCUCGCAACAAUCCAAACCUAACCAAAGAACUAGUUCGACAUAAUCCAAGCAAACACGAAAAGAGAAAAAAGAAACAGUGA